AGUCGAUCCAUCAUGACAACCAUGCAAGCUGUCCUUAUCUCAGCGCCCGGCGACGCGACUGUCCUCAACGUAGGACCGACCCCGAAGCCGAAGCCUGCGACCGGCGAGGUCCUCAUCAAGGUCCACGCUGCCGGCCUCAACCGCCUCGACAUCCUCCAGCGCCAGGGCAAGUACCCGCCGCCGCCGGGCGCGUCCGACAUUCUUGGCCUCGACAUCGCUGGCGAAAUCGUCGCGGCUGGGCCCGCCACGGACCUCAAGGGCUUUCAGAUUGGGGACCAAGUGUGCGCGCUCUUGUCGGGCGGUGGCUACGCCGAGUACGCAACGGCCGCCGUCGACGUGCUCCUGCCCGUGCCCCAAGGCUUCUCGAUGGUCGAGGCCGCGUCGCUGCCCGAGACGUUCUUCACCGUCUGGAGCAACGUGUUUCAGCGCGGGCGAUUGAGUGCUGGCGAGACGCUCCUCGUGCAGGGUGGCAGCUCUGGUAUCGGUGUCACUGCGAUUCAAGUCGCCAAGCAGCUCGGACACACGGUGUGGGUCACGGCCGGCAGCGACGACAAGUGCCGCGCCUGCGAGGCCCUCGGCGCCGACCGCGCAAUCAACUACCGCACCGAAGACUUUGCCGCGGUCGUCCAGGAGAUUUCCGGCGGGCGCGGCGUCGACGUCAUUCUCGACAUGGUGGCUGGCGACUACGUGCCGCGCGAGAUGAGCUGUCUCGCGGACGACGGGCGCCUCGUCAUCAUCGCGCUGCAGCGGGGUGCGUCGGCGCCCAUCGAUCUCUCCCAGUUCCUCCGCCGUCGGCUCACCGUCACGGGGUCGGGUCUCCGGUCGCGGAACGUUGCGUUCAAAGCGCAGAUCGCCAAGGAGCUGCUUGCCACGGUCUGGCCGCUUCUCGAGUCGCGCCAGAUCAAACCCAUCAUCUACAAGACGUUUCCGCUGUCGGAGGCCACGGCGGCGCACCAGCUCAUGGAGUCGAGCGACCACGUGGGCAAAAUUAUGCUUCAAAUCGUCUAAUCUACCCGUAUUUGUCCUG